AUGAAUAAACGAACAAAAAAAUCGACUUCAUCCUUUCCCGCUCGUCAAGCAAUCGAUGAAUGUGGUGGAAUCUGUUAUCCAAGCAGUACACCCAAUAGGACAACAUUAUCUAAUUGCACAGUGGAAUUUACAGGACUUGUAGCUGGAGCUUGGUAUGCAGUCGCCAUUCAGGUUGAAGACUUUAUUAAUUCAACAAGUAAUCAAUCGAUGAGUUCAGUACCGGUGCAAUUUUUGAUUUAUGUUCUUCCUACACCACAAUGUUCAUCAAUACCAGAAUUUACUCUUUCAGUUGAUUGUCUAGAAGCACAAAUCGGUGUUCCAAUGAAUUUUGUGCUCUAUGCUACGAAUGACUGUGAUCCGGAAGAGUCUCGAAUUGCUGACAUUGUUGUAUCAAAAUCGAUUCCAGGGAUGAAAGCAGGCAAUUUGACACAAGCAUCAGAUCAAUCAUAUGCUUGGGUUAUUUACACUUGGACACCACAAUCCAAUCAAUACGGUCCGCAACAAUUUUGUGCCAUUGCUUUCACAAGUGAACGUGUUCAAUCGGAAGAAUAUUGUGUUGUUUUUGACGUAUUAUCUGGUCCUGCCUGCACCACAACGACAUCAACUUCGACAUCAACAACCACAACAACUGAAACAACCACUUCGACUACAACUUCAACAUCGUCGACCAGCUCGACAACAUCAACAACAACUUCUACGACAUCUUCUUCAACAACAACAAGUACAUCAACGUCUACAACCACUUCGACAUCAACAUCAACCACCUCUACCAGUACCACAACCACAUCAUCAUCAACAACAACAAGCACAACCACAUCAACAACAGCCACGACAACAACUACGGGUAGGGCUGCUCGACGUCGUCGAAAAAAAAACACUGAUAAUAGAGGAAACCAACAACGACAUAAUUACUUUGUCUUCUAUGAUAAACAUAAAGGAACAAUAGAUUUGCCAAAAAAUCGAAUCAAUCAAUUCACAAAGAAUUUCAAUCGGAUUUCAUCAAUUGAUCAAAGAGAUUUAUUAUCAAAUUCACUUGAUAUAACGAGAGAUAGUCUUGCAGCAUUUACAAACAAUGAUCAAAACCAAACUAAUAUACGUGUGUCCAGAGUGCAUCAACAAGAUCUACCAGUUCGAACUGGAAAUUCAAAUAUUAAAGUUCCACAGCAAGAAAUCAAUGAUGAUGUUCCGAUCAAUCGACAAUUUUCUGCAACUGUUUCUCGAGUGAAACGAGACAAAAAUUUUCAAGAACACGAGAAUACCAUCCAAAAGAAAAACUCUCAAAAUACUGAUGAACUUAAUUCUGCGAAUGAAUAUUCAAACUUAACUAAGACAACGCAAGUCCAUGUUAUUAAACUACCAAGGAGAAGUGUAGCAUCACUAGAACAGACUGUUCGAAAUGAUCAAACUUAUCGAAAUUUAGAACCUAAUAUAAUACGAUCAAGAAAUUUCGGUUCUGUUAGCGUAACUACGGCCAAUUCAAAUCAAUUAACAUUAACAAAUCGUUCGGCAAACAAAUCUACAGUAGUGAACGAUCAAACUAAACGAUACCGCAACGUUACUGUUAGUAAACUUGAGAAAAAAUCAGCAGAAACAUAA